AGAUGCAUACCAAAGUCACCAGACUCACCACAUUUAUCACAAGGAGGAAAGAGAAAGAGAGGAAAGGAUUCAAGGAAUACAUAAUCAUGGCCAGAACUGCUGAAGACUAUCUAAAGGAUAAGGAAUGGGUCGAACGAAUUGAUGGUAACUUUGAUCGUUGGGAUCGUAACAAGAAUGGAUUUGUUACCAGAGAAGAGGUUGUCGAAACCUUGAUGGGGGCGGUUGAAAGAGCCGCAUCUGAUCACCCUGACGCUGCCCCAGCCCUGGCAGAAGCACGCAAACGUACAGAAGAAUGGAUGGACGCGUUGGGAAUGGCUAAGGGCCUCAAAGUUGGUAAAGACAAGCACAGAGAGAUGUCGGCAGCAUUUGCUGUGAUUGAGGGAGCAAAACACGCCAAAGGUGAAUUGACUUACACAGAGAAGUCUACCAGUGCUUGCUUUGAUGUUCUGGAUGUCAAUCGUAAUGGAUACUUGUCCUUUGAGGAGUAUAAGGUCUUGUUGAAGAAAGGCCACAACAUUGAUGAAGAUGUUGCUCGUACUCAUUUUGAUGCAGUCGAUAAGAACAAAACAGGAAGACUCAACAAACACGAGUAUCUUGCUACGGCUACAAAGUUUUGGGUCUGAAAAUUGACAGGUUUGCCUGACAGACUAAACUUUCUUGAUAAUGUACAUGUCAGAGAUUGUACAUGUCAGAGUUUCAUUAAUUUUUGUUACUUGUACACACAUUAGCCAAUUUCUUUUAUUAAAAAUAAAAGAGUAAAGUGAAAA